UCGAACCACCAGGAAGGACUGGACGCCGCUGCGGAGCAGAAAAUGUGUGACGUUGAAGUUUCCUGAGUGUGUGCAGGGUUCUGUCAUGAGGAUCCCCCUGUUGGCAGGUCUCCUCCUCCCCCUCCUCCUGUCUGCAGGUAGUGAUGUCACAGGGGAGGAGGUGGCGAGGAAGCCCAAUAUUGUUCUGAUGAUGGUGGACGACCUGGGUAUCGGUGACAUAGGAUGCUACGGCAAUGACACCAUCAGGACUCCUAAUGUAGACAGACUGGCAUCUGAAGGAGUGAAGCUGACUCAGCACAUUGCAGCCGCUCCUCUCUGCACCCCGAGCCGAGCUGCUUUCAUGACUGGGCGCUAUGCAGUCCGCUCAGGAAUGGGCAGCACAGGCCGUGUUCAGGUGCUGCUGUUCCUCGGAGGCUCAGGGGGGCUACCAGCCACCGAGACCACCUUUGCUAAGAGGCUGCAGCAGCAAGGAUACACCACAGGUCUAGUGGGUAAGUGGCAUUUAGGUGUGAACUGUGAGCGCAGAGGAGACCACUGCCACCAUCCAAACCAGCAUGGCUUCAGCUACUACUACGGCCUGCCCUUCACCCUUUUCAAUGACUGUGUGCCUGGGGAGGGGACUGAUGUCUUGGCAGACCUCCAUCAAACACUCCAGAUUUUAAGCAUGAUGCUCGGAGCUGGACUUUUUACUCUGGUGUGUGCUCGCGUGUUUGGGCUCUUAGAGAUCAACCUGGGUCUCCUGGUGCUGCUGUUUUCGCUCGGUAUCCUAGCAACCGCCGUGUGGUUCAUCCCCCUUAAAUUCCUGCCAGCCUGGAACUGCAUCCUCAUGAGGAACCAAGAAGUGAUCGAGCAGCCGAUGACGGUGGAGACGGUACCCCAGAGACUUCUGGGAGAAGCACAAAAUUUUAUAAAGAGGAAUGCUGACCGUCCGUUCCUCCUCUUCUUCUCAUUGGUCCAUGUCCACAUACCUCUCUUUAAGACUCCUCCCUUUGCUGGUAAAAGCAGCCAUGGUCGCUAUGGGGACAAUUUGGAAGAAAUGGACUGGAUGAUUGGUCAAAUCACAGAGACCGUGGACUCUCUGGGUCUUGCUAACAGCACUUUGAUGUACUUCACAUCUGACCAUGGCGGACACCUCGAGGACUCGGAUUCAAAGGUUGGCCAGAAAGGAGGCUGGAACGGCAUCUAUAAAGGCGGGAAGGCUAUGGGUGGCUGGGAGGGAGGGAUCAGGGUGCCCGGUAUUUUCCGCUGGCCUGGCAGGCUGCCCGCUGGAAAAGUUGUGGACGAACCCACCAGCCUCAUGGACCUGUACCCAACACUGAAGUACCUGGCUGAAGAUGCACGACCGGACAGACAUCUAGACGGCCAUAACCUCAUGCCACUGCUGGAGGGAAACGUGGAGCGAUCAGAGCAUGAAUUCAUGUUCCACUACUGUGGGAUCUACCUGAACGCUGUACGCUGGCACCCACCUGGAAGUGACUCCAUCUUCAAGCUCCACUUCUUCUCCCCAAACUUUUCCCCUCCUGGAGCCGGUGGUUGCUAUGACACCAAGGUCUGUCUGUGUCACGGAGAACAUGUGACGCAUCACAACCCACCACUGCUGUAUGACCUUUUCCAUGACCCGUCAGAAUCCCGCCCACUGACCCCCGAUACUGAGCCGCGAUUCGCUGAAAUCCUGGAGCAGACGGCCAAAGCUGUAGAGAGACAUAAACAGAGUUUCACCAAUGAGCAGGAGUCCAAGGGUCCUUCUGCAGAGUCCGGCACAGACGCUACCAGCGUUCACAGUCAGAUGACGUGGGCGAAGAUUCUGUGGAAACCCUGGCUGCAGCCCUGCUGUGGGACUUUUCCGUUCUGCCGCUGCAAAGAGGAUGUGACAAAUAUUUAAUGGAAAAAGCCACCGGACGGUCUGAAAACAUCGGUGAAGCUCCUCUGGAAUCCGCAGCAGGGUUAUCACAUUUUCAUAAAUAAUAUACUGCUGUCCUCUCUGUGGUUCAGGGUGCGCUCAGGAGCUUUAACUUUUUAAAGACUUGGCUUUCCAACGGUUGUGCUGCAGACUUCUUCUUUUCAUUUUUAUCCAGUCAUCAGUCUCAUUAGGAAAUGGUUAGGCCUAAAUAUCAACUGCAUUAAACUGCAUCAGUCAGUGAAGAAACAUCAAAAAUAAUGAAACUCUGCCUCAGAAUUUAAACUUGAUUUUAGUUUUAGUCAUUUAGAAGUAUCUCACUACAAAAACAUAAAUUUUAACCAGUGCAUUUUAUAAUCUCUGUCAGAAAUAUCUCAUUAGACUUUUACAACUAGGGCUUGAAAUACAUGUAGAAAGUAUGAAUAUCUGCCAGAGCAGCGGGUCAGUUUUACUUUAGUGUCAUGAAAAUAAGAUGUCCCAACUAAUUUAGAUAUCGACAGCUCAUUUCAGCACAUCAAGCAACAUGUGAUGAUGAUGAUGAUGAUAACAGGUCCCCCAAUGAUUGCUCAUCAGUAUUAGGAAAAGAAAACCUGCUUCUAUGCGCCGUGUGCAUCGCCUCUAGUCCUGCAGGGCAGCACCUGUGUCCGUCUAGACUUGAAGCACCUGGUGGUGCAGUGAUGCUGUUUCCUCGCAUCUAGAUCUUUGCUGAUCUUUGCACGCCACUUUGGGCAAAAGCAUCUGCUAAAUGACUCUGUAGCAUGGUUUUCCAUGUAACAUCUUAAAAUAAGAUGCUUGAAGUUCUGCACAGUGGUGGAAUGAGAAAGUUCCAGUCCCUAACAGAGGCUAUGUUCACACUGCAGGUAUUUCACUUUAUUUCUAGAAUUUGCUGCAGGCCAAUAAAAAUUGGACUGCGGGCCACAUUUGGCCCCCGGGCUAUAGUUUGGACUCCUCUGGUGUUUCUCGACUCUGCUUGAGCAGAGUCAGAAAAUACAAGAGCCACAAUCCAAACCUGGGGUGUGAAUCCAAUAAUGACUUAAAUGCAUAAAUCAGAGCACAGAGAGCUUGGUUCACCUUUCAUUUUGAUCGUUUUUCUUUAUUUAUAGUCAGUUAAGAUCAUUAUUUAAAGCUUGUCAAAGCCAUCACUUUCUAUCCUCAGUGAAAAGUCCAUGUCAGAAACCCGUCAGCUCCAUCAGAUGAGGGUUUUGUUCAUUUUACAAAAGAAUGCUUAAUCCUCUGUUCAUUGUAUUUAGCUAAUGUGUUAAAAUACCUGCUAAUCUAUCUGCAAUAAUACCUCAUGUAUAUUUAAAUAUUAUUAUAAAAUGGUUUCUAUUAAAGAUAAAGUUAGAAAAUCAUUAAAAUCAGAGAUAUGAAACUUCAGAUGAGUGAAAAAGGAAUUAAAACAUGAAAAUUAUGUAUUCUAUAACUAAAUGUAAUCACAGAAUCCCAGUAUCAGAUAGCUGAAAACUUGAUAUUCAUCUUGCAUUAAUAAAACAAAAAUUAAAUGAAUUUUAGUGUUUCUGGCAGAGCUGACAGAAUCAAGAUAUGAUGGGAAAAAAAGUCAUUUUGGGAAAAUCUCCACUCUACAUAAAAAUAUUACAACAAAGGUCCCAAGUCAAGUGAGGCCAGUUAGCUUUAAUUUUCAUUGUUUUUCUUCAUUUAAAAAUAGAUUAAAGGGAUACUUCAAC